CCAUCAUCCCUUGCGAAUCUUACAUCCGGAAGAAAGGACACCGCUAGCUGGACUUUUGGUUUGACCGGUCGAUCUGCGCGUUUUACACAAUUUAUUUUACGCAAUUGCUAUCGUCUAUCAGGAGGAAACAAAAAAGAAGAGACGCGUAAGGACAUGCGUUUUCUCUGGACACACAGAGUCGUGUAAGAUGGGAUAAAUCUUUGCGGAGCGGCGCCGGUUGCCUUUGUUUUGGUUGUGAAUGUGAUGCUGAAAAUGAGCUCAGGUCCCGCCUUGUGUCCCGUUAUGUGGGCAGUCAGGAUGAACUAACGGGUUUGUCCAACUGGAAUAAGAAGAGAAAGAUGAGUGGGACGGCAGGAUGGACCCCUACACACGCCAAGGUCACAGUGCAUCAAGCCAGGAACUUGGUAGUAAAAGGGAAAGGAGGUACAAACGAUGCAUAUGUCACCAUCACACUGGGGAAGGAGAAAUUCCUGACAUCUGUCGCUGAGAAGACUGUCACCCCAGGAUGGAACGAGGAGUGUGACUUGUGCCUGGGUAACUACAGUGGAAAUCUCGAUGGGGCAUCUGUUCAGCUGAAUAUCUACCAUCGCAGCUUAUUUGGCAGCGAUGAUUUUCUGGGUCAUGUGACACUCCCUCUGACAAACAUGCGUGUGACCAAUGGACCACUCAGAAGGUGGUAUGAACUCCAUAACAGACCAGGAAAGAAGGAGACCAAGAAGCGUGGAGAGCUGGAAGUGUCGGUCAGUUUCCUGAGGAACAGUCUGGCCAGCAGUACCAGCGAGCUGAGUGGGAAGAAGAAGGUCAAACGUACUCCGUCCAUCAAGGGCAUGGCCACUACCAUGGGUGAGAAGUUGAAGCUUGUCCGCACCAUGUCUCUCACGUCAGACCCACGUGCGCUCAGACCGCGGUCUCGGAAAGACUCAGCAUUCUCGGAGGCUUCUGUCAACAACAACCACACUCCUGUAGGCACACCAGAUAACAGAACUCACAAGGAUGAGGUUGUGCGGUCCAGCUUGCCUUCUUCACCAGCCAUUUCUCAGGAAAGUCUGGCCAGUAAUGACAGUGAAGUGUUUGGGAGCAGUAAGAAAACUGCCAAGUUCUCACUCAGGAAUGCCAGCCUGGAGAAGCUGCAGACCAGUUCUCCUGGCAAGACAAAGCACCACCGCACCUUCAGUCUGGGGCCGCUGUCUGCCAGACUGCUGCACAGAGACAGAGCUGGGUCCAGCCCUGCCUUACAGAGAGAGAGGCACAUGUCCUCACCUGAAGCAGUCCACACAAAACAACUAGCAGAAGACUACCUGGUUGGAGGCAGCUGCAAACAGCUGUGUGUAAAUGGGAAACACACGUACGCAGCAGCUGAUGAUGAUGAUGAUGAUGGCACAAGUAAGAAAACAGAGCACAGGACCACCCCCCACCCUCCCAUGUCACUACCUCCACACUAUCCUGCAAUAGGAAGAGUCAAGAGGACAAACCUAGAUGCUUCUAAAAGACACACCAUCCACUCAGCCAUGUUCCCUGUGAAACAGAAGGUGGAGCACAAGACUAACUCUGCCCCGGGGUACUACCGCCCCAGCCAUGGGGACCCCGGGCACGAGAAGGUCAGGUGUAUACCAGAGGAGUCCACAUGGGAGGACAUGAGCAAGGAGGAGCUGCUGAGAGUUGUGAGGAGUCAGCAUGAGAAGCUGCAGGAUAACAAGGCGUACAUCCAUGAGCUGGAGGAUUACAUCGACGACCUGCUGGUGAGAGUCAUGGAGACAACCCCCCGCAUUCUCCAGAACCCGUACAGGAAGGACGACAAAAAUGCUACUACUGCAGCCAAGAGGAAAGGUUCAGGACUGUGCAAGGUCAUCUAGUCCUGUCAAGGUCACAUGUUCUGUCACUCCAUCUUUGUUGACUUCCAUGUACUGUUUUCCGAUUGAAAGGAUUAUGUACGGCAGGUUGUCCUUGUAGUUCAGGAGAUUAUGCGGUCUUCCUCUGCUAUCUACAACUCCUCAGCUUUCCUCUUCAUACAUGUACUUCCCUAAUGUGUAACUUGUACACUCCUGCAAAGCACCAUACUGUAUCCUGUAGAAAAUUUGAUGAAAUACUACUUCAGACUUGAGUCAAUAACAUGCAGCAACUUUGUCCUAAACCUCAUUUUCAGGCAUGUAUAUAUAGUUUUCUAUUUAACUUUCAUUAUUUGUAUGAUUUAUGGAGGCCAUCUCUUUGAAGCUCUUAGAACUGCUAAAAAUAUAGUGUGAGAAAUGGGGUUUAAUUUUGGCAAUAAGGCAAAGUUACAUUGUGUAUAACUUGUUCAAGUUGUUGCUGUUAGUAGUAGAGCUGUGUACCUAAACACAAAUUUUAGGUACAAGUACACAGGUUCAGAUACAGGCCUGGACCUGGACCUCUGUGUAAGUUGUUAUUGUACAAUGUACAUGUAGCAAACUCUUUUUAGUGGUAAAUUGUUGUCUUUGAGGGUUUACAAUGUUUUAAUCUAGCUUAGAUUAUAGUAUUUACAAAUUUUCCUAAUUUCCAAGUGCCCAAAUUGUCAUCCUUAGGAUGCAAUUCACUUAUCAUUUGUUGUAAAAAGAAUGGUAUAUUGACUGGUGUUUUCUUUUGUUCAGAUACGGGUACACUUAUUAGAUGUUCAGGACCUGUACCUAAAUAAAGGUACAUGUUUGGUACACAGCUCUGGAUACAUUUUGGUAGUAGGGAUGUGUGGUAGUCAGAACUGUUCAGUGAGUUUCCUAUAGUAUAAAUUUGAGCCGCUGCAAUUCCAUUGAUAUUACUCCUGACCUUGGAAGACAGGAUCUCUCCCUAUAUGUUAAACUUCCUGUAUAAUGCUAGGGUAGCAAUAAUUAGUAGUGUGAAUGUGCACUUUCAUGAAGUGAUAUCUGAUAUUCUGUGUGUUCUGAAUAUGAAGCAAUACCACAUCUUGUCUCUCAACAUCUGCUCAAUAAGACCAGUUGUUACUGA